AUGGAGAAAGGUGUUUAUCUCCCUGAUCAUCUAAUCCAUAAAAUUCUCAAGGACCUUCCUGCCAAAAGUGUAUUGCGGUUCAGGUGCGUGUCCAAGCUUUGGAAGUCCACCGUCGAUGAUCCACGUUUCAUUCACGCCUACAGGAAACACUGGGUUUCUCGUCUGGGUGGCCCAAAACAGCUCGUCUCAACUUAUCUCGAUGAUGGCCGUUGCACCUUUUCCUACUUGGAUGAAACCACGGCCCCCAAUAAGUUAACUCACAUUCAAACCCUGCCAACCAGGGUGAGGCCUGAGGAUAGGAAGUUCGGGCCCCAUAUGGUUAACGACCUCAUUUGUGUCGGCAACAUCAUAUGGAACCCGACCACCAGAGAUGUCUUGACUCUUCGCCAAGAAGUACCACAUGCGAAGAACUACCUAGGUUUCGAUUCUCAUACCAAUCAAUUCAAAGUUCUCUCCAUCUAUAAGAUAUGUUCUCCUCUCCGACGUGGAGAACCGCGCUGCAAGAUCAUGACAUUGGGCGUCGACCAUUUCUUUAGAGACGUAGCCGGCCCUCUUCCCGAUGCAUUCAAGGCUUCAACUAAUACGUGUUGCGUAGAUGGUGUCAUCUACAUAAACGGGGAUUGGAAUCGAUCGGUUCUAGCUUUUGACGUUGCAAAGGAGAACCACGAAAGGCGCAAGAAGGGUGAUCAUACUUAUAAAGACAUUUUGAAAUUUGAUGGGCGAAGCAAUGAAUGGGUUAUGAGGAGAUUCGAGCUACCAAUGGAUGCAUACUUUGGUUUGUUUUCAGAAGAAGAAAUGGUUAUCCUAGGCAAUGCCAUGGCACUAAGAUUGAAGCCCCCGCACGGACGUUUCGCACCUUUGUUUUGGAAUGGACGGUGGAGUGACAAUGUUGUCCAUUCGAUUUUUUCGACUUCUCGGUUUUAUUUCAUGGAUCAUAUGGAAUAUUUGUUCAGGAUAAAUGAUAGUUUUCAAGCAUAA